GGCUACUAAGAUGCGGCAAGAGUUGUAGAUUAAGAUGGGUGAAUUAUCUUAAACCGGGACUCAAUAGAGGAACCUUUACACCCGAAGAGGAUGAUCUUAUUGUUCGACUUUAUACUCUUUUGGGUAGUCGUUGGUCCCUCAUUGCCGGAAGAAUACCUGGUAGAACAGACAAUGACAUCAAGAACUAUUGGAACACGAGUCUCCUCAAGAAACUCAAAGCACAAGGAAAUGAGCCGCGGAAAUACAAAUCUCAAGCAAAAAAAAGGAGAAGGAAAAAGGAAAAACCGAAUGUCUCUUCCCAAAUUAAUCGAAAAAAUAACGACGAAAAUAAGACGAGGAGGAAGAAGAAGGAGAAGAUUGUCGAAAAACAUAAUAUUGAAGAUGAAGUAGCAACAAAGAUAGAGGAGCAACCACAUACACAGAAUUCCACGCAAGCAGUAUCAGAUAAUAAUCACAAUUUCACUAGUAAGUGCAUAUGUUCUAGCAAUCAAGAUGGCACAAGUAGUGCAACCUCUACUAGUGAAAUCCAUUCUUCAUCUCAAAAUAUUGAAGAUCAAAACCAAGAUGAAAUUUUUGAGAAACUUCAAGUGAUAGAUGAAUUACUCCUCAAUGAUAAUUUCCUUUUUCCACCCCAAAAAUGCAUAGAGUUCAAUAAUAAUGAAAAUUAUAUGUUAUUUGAGGAGGUCUAUGAAGAGUAUUUUCAACUUGUUUAUGAAAAUUCAUGUCAUUUUUGA